AUGCGUGUUGUGCCCAUUAUUCGUCGCCUUUCGAUCGCUCGUGCCUUUCGAUCGCAUGUGGUGCCUCGUGCUGCUGCUCCUUUUGUUUUGAAUUCCGUUCAAUUCACUCGUCCAUCUCUUCAAUUCACGUCCAUACGCUCAUUUGCGACCGAUGAUGACAACGAUUUAUUUCUUGAAGAUGAGGAAGAUGAUUCUUUUGUGCAGUACCCCCCUGUUGAUGCCCGUGUGCAGUGUCAAGCACCUCCAUUUACUGCCCGUGCGGUAGUGAAUGGAGAGAUUACGGACGUGUCAUUGGACAUGUAUCGUGGUCAGUACGUGGUACUGUUCUUUUACCCAAAGGACUUUACGUACGUGUGCCCCACUGAGAUCAUUGCGUUCAAUGACCGAGCAGAGGAAUUUAAAGCACUUAACACGCAGCUGAUUGCUGCGUCCUGUGACUCACCCGAGAGUCACUUGGCCUGGACACGUCUGCCUCGUAACAAGGGUGGAUUGGGGAAGAUGGACAUUCCCAUUGUUUCGGAUAUUACUAAAGUCAUUUCAGCCAAGUACGGCGUGCUGGUGGAGCAGGACGGCGUGGCUCUCCGUGGUCUAUUCAUUAUGGACAAGGAAGGAGUGCUGCAACAGAUUACGAUCAACAAUAUGCCAAUUGGCCGUAGUGUCGAUGAGACUCUGCGUCUCAUUAAGGCGCUGCAGUUUGUUGAGGAGCACGGAGAGGUAUGCCCUGCCAACUGGCAGCCCGGUGAAAAGACCAUCAAUGCCAACCCGACGGGGAGCCACGUGUACUUUUCAUCGGUCAAGGAAGUUGGUGAGGACGACGAUGGAGAAGACGAUGAUGUUGCUAUCUUGACGCUGGUGAAAACCAAAGCUCAGUUCCAGGAGCUGAUCAAGAGCGGUAAGCCUGUUGUGGCUGACUUCAUGGCUCCGUGGUGCGGCAAAUGUGCGCAGAUCGAGCCAACUGUGGUAAGCCUGGCCGAGGCUCACCCGGAGGUGACGUUUGCGAAAAUGGAUGUUUCAAUCCCCGAAGUGGAAAAGCUGAAGGAUGAGCUUGAGGUCGGUGCGUACCCGGAGUUCCGCUUCUUUAAAGAUGGCAAAGAGGUCCACGAGAAGAUCUCAGGCUACAAGAAGUCUUUGCUGAAAAAGGCUGUGCAGAAGCUGCUCUGA